AUGAUUAAACAACAGCAACCACAGCAACUUAAGGCACAAAACACCCAGGUCCCUCAGACCAUUACAUACGCCAUAUAUGCAUAUAAUUCAAAGACGGCAGAACAAACGCAAAGGUUGAAAUAUGGAGAUUUGGAGAUAGUAUUGAAAAAUGAACAUUUCGAAUUCGUUUGCAAAGGUGGUGCAGUGAUAUCAAAUAUAAAAGAAAUUUUAUUUAUGAAUUCAAAAAUUAAAGGAAUAACGGAUGAUAUAACAUCAAUUCCACCAGAAGAACAGAGAUAUUACGCAUUAAAUGCAUUUCCUAAAGUUUUGAAGAUUGGAAGAUUUAAUUUAAAUGAGGAAUUCAUAGAAGGUUUCCUAAACGACAUAAUGAAGAAGGCGGAUAAGGAAUACGUGGAUAGUGAGUUAAAUAAGAAGGCAAAUUUGGUUUAUGUUGAUGAAAAAGAUAAUGAAAUUAAAGAAAAGGUUGAAUGGUAUCAUGAAUGGACAUUUGAGACUUUUAAAGUUAAAGCUGAUACAGAAUGGGUUUCAGGAUGUUUAGACCUUAAAG